AUGCAAGAAGCUUUCUCUUCAUUCAUUCAGCAAACAGAAAAUAAUCUGAAACAGAUUGAGGCCGUUGUGCAAGCAGUAGAAGAUGGAAAGCUGCCAAAAGAAGCACUGAGCUUCCUUCAAGAGAGUGAAGCAACAGAAGGAGAACCAGAAACAGCACCAACAGCAGCACCAGCAGCAGCAGCAGAUGAUGAGGAUGAUGGCCUCGAUGGCCCCAAGACGAAGGAUCUUUUAGAUGAAACAAGGGAUCAGGCUAAAGAGACAGUAGAAGAGGCAAGAGAUAAAGCAAGGGAGUGGGGUGAGAGGAUACAGACGCUCGUUGACAGCGCAGGCAGAGAUGCGAGAAGAGCAGCAAAGAAACUAAAAGACAAAAUAAAAGAAGGGGUAAAGAAAGCGGGCCGUAGAGUUCGCAGGGGAUUCCGAAAGUUUUUGCAAAAUUUGUCGAGUCAGGUUGUGGGUGGAGAAGAUGAUGAUGAAGAGGAGGGAGCAGCAGCAAAGGCACCUGCAUCUACAAGAGCAGGAGAAGAAGAAAGCCCUUCUAGUGGAGCCAGCGAUGGCUCUGACACUGCAGCAGAAAGCGGCGAAGGGAGAGAAAGCAGACCACUGAAACUAGAAGAUGCAGUGGGUCCUAGCGAGGGAGAUGCUAGGGGAACAAAUGGGGGCCAGACAGGGCCUUCAGGAGGAGAGAAAACAAAACUAAAAUAA